CGAGGAACAAGGGAUCAAACGUGACAAACAAAAAAAAUUAUUGUUGCAGACUGAAACAAUGACGAAGAUAUUCGAUCUUCCAACAAAUUUGGUAGAGGAGAUUCUCUCAAAGAUCCCCUUUAAAUAUAUGAGAGAAGUGCGAUUAACUUGCAAACAAUGGGACACUUUAUCCAAGAGUCGGAGCUUUUCAAAGAUGCACAUCGAUAAACUAAGUGAAAUAAGGGAAGGGGAGUCUAUGAUGGUCGCCUGGAUAGAUUACGAUCUAUAUCUCAUGAGGGUCCUUCUCGUGGACAAUGAAGAUCCAAUUGUAGAGUGGAAAGGUAAGCUUAACCAACAAAUAAAGAUAUCUAAAGUUUUCCACUGUGACGGUUUAUUGUUAUGCGUCUUGAAAGAUGAUGCUACCAAAGUUAUCGUUUGGAAUCCGUAUUGGGGUCAAACAAGGUCGAUAGAAUGUAGAUGCCCCUCAUAUGGAUAUAACAUGUUCAGUUAUGCUCUCGGAUAUGAGGACAAGGGCUCUUGUCGUAGUUACAAAUUCUUGAGGUUUAUAGAUCGAUACGUUGACUAUGCGACCAGAGACGAAUUUUUAUGGUAUGAGAUUUAUGAUUUCGACUCUAGCUCAUGGAAGACUCUUGAUGUCACUCCACACUGGCGUAUACAAUUUUGCCAUGGAGUGUGUCUCAAAGGAAACACUUACUGGCCUGCUUCACAAAGGAAGAGAGAAGGAGACGUGCUUAACGAUCACAUAAUCUGUUUCGAUUUUACAAGUGAGAGUUUUGGUCCUCUUCUGCGUCUGCCGUUUGACGCUGGGUAUUGUGACUAUGUGACUUUAUCAUGUGUUAGAGAAGAGAAGCUUGCGGUUUUACUUACGCACAACGAAGCAGGUCCAAUGGAGUUUGAGAUAUGGAUUACUACUAAGAUUGAGGCAGAAAAUGUGUUGUGGAGCAAGUUCUUGAGAGUGCUGGAACCGGAUCUUGCCCCUCUGAUUACAUGUAAUGGUUUCUUCGUUGAGGAGGAGAAUAAAGUCGCCAUGGGUUUUGUAACAGACCUCUCCAUAACAACAUUUAACAUUGUUGGAGAGGCUGGAUACUUAAAAAAACUGAAACUCGUAGAAUGUUUAGAAAUAGACAUACAGUGUGCACGUGGGGCAAAUGCGUGCUCUUAUGUUCCAAGUCUAGUGCAAAUCAAGCAACCUGCUUCAGGAACUAAAAGGAAAGAACAAAGUGACUUAGAAAAGCAACGAUGUGAUCAAAACAUUUCGAGACUUGUUGCAUUUAAAAAGCGUAGCAAGUUUUGGUAAUCUGCAUGCAGGAGGAAGGCAAAAGGAGAGAAUAAACGAGAUGCUUAAUUAGUAUUUCAACUAUGUCUUUCAUUUACUCUUUUAGCUCUUUCGAUGCUGCGUGUCUUUAUUAAGAUGUCGUUUUAGUGUUGGUUUUCCAUUUUGAUAUGUAAUCGUUUUCUUUCUUUUUUAGAUUUUGAUAUGAGUUUUUUGGUUUAACUAUCAUUUCUUGUUGCUUAGGUUUUGGAGUUUCCUAUAUAUAUAAACGUAUGUCCAUCUCUUAGCUUGUGGGCAUAACUAAGAAAAAAUCUUUGUUUACGUUAUCGCAGUUUCGGGUAGUUCAGAUUAGUACAAGUAUUAAUAGAGGAAGCUGUUUAAACUGAAAUCUAUUUCUUUGGUGGGAGUAAUAAUGAUCAUGAAUCGUGUGAUGAAACAGCUUCGUGCGUUCUUACAAGCGAAACAGAGGUUUUUUAUGUAUCUAGUUAUCCCAUUAUAUACAGUAAUCAAGGACAAUCAUCUUUCUUCCAUUUGACCCAUUAAAAUGCUAAGAGAUCUUAUUUGUCCCUUUCGUUUUACCAAUUUUUCAUAUAAAAACUAAGAGAUAACUUGGGAAUAUAUUUUCGUUGUUAGUGAGAGAACAGAAGGAGGUAAAAAUUCGUUUUACCAAUUUUUCAUAUAAAAACUAAAAUCUUAUAUUAUAGAACACAAGGAGUAACAGAUAAUGCAAAACUUAUUUGGAUCCCAAACUUUUUCUUUUCGAGAAAAACAUAAUUUGGACCGUAUUUUUGUCUACCUACGCGAAGAUGAAGAGGUCACAUCGGGACUAAUAAAAAUGAAAAAAAAGAAAAACCUCUCUUGUUUUAAGCCCGCGGCGAGAAUCGAACUCGCGGCCUUUCGCUUGUAGGCAUCACAUCUAUUAAAUUCAACUAGGAUAGGACCCGCGCCUUGCGCGGGAUUAAGUUAUUAUUUUUAUUAUAUUUUGGAGAAUGAAACAAUAGUUUGGCUUCAUUUGGAUUAGGGGUGUUCAAUCCGGAUAUCGGGUUGGUUUCGGUUCGGCUCGAUUUUUUCGGUAUUUCGGUUAGUAAAAUAUAAUUACUAUUCUAAAUCUAUAUUUACUUUGACUUUAGUCUUUCACAUAUUUUUGAAAGAUUUCAAC